ACUGCGCUCAAUUCACAUUGUUGUAUUUUUAGCCGUUGCAUACAGAUAACUAUAUUUGUACACUUGAGACAUAUUGGGUUAUGACCUUGUUUACAUUAGGAUAAAAGUUCACUCAUAACUUGAAUCCAUGAUGGACCCAAAAUCACGUGCAGACGGAGACUUACAACUGGCCAUCUAUCCUUUCAUUGAGUAUGAAGAAUCAACAUAUUUUGCAUGGCCUUGCUUGAAGGAAAAUCCCAAAAAACAGUUCCAGGACAUAAAGGAAUUUCCUUCCAGGGAUGAUGACAUUUUAUUAUGCACGGCGCCGAAAACAGGUACACAUUGGGUUCAUGAGAUUAUAUGCAUGCUAGUAGACCACACGACAGAAUAUAACAGUAGGGCCGCUACACUGAAAAUCCAUUUAGAUUUUAUGACCGACUUUCAAUUAUUGGAGGCUGAAAAUAGGCGAAGAAUUCUACAUUCACAUCUUCCUUGGAGCUUCUUGCCGUCAAAGCAUAUAGACAAAAAGGCUAAAGUCGUGUAUGUGAACAGAAAUCCUAAGGAUAGACACGUUUCUCAGUACAAUUGGUUGAAAGAGAUGAAUGGUGUUCCUCCAAAUUGGACAUGGAAGCAGUAUUAUGAAGAUGUGGUUAUCAAUGAUACAUUGUUAACUGGUUGGUUCAAUUACACGAAAGAAAUGACAAAUGCUGCAAGAAAUAACAAGAAUGUGCAUGGUGUGCUGUUUGAAGAUUUGAAAUUGCGCCCGAUUGAAACAAUCAAACAACUUGCUGAGUUCCUGGAAGUUCCCUUUGACGAUCAGUUUAUAGCAGAAGUUGCCGAUAAAAAUGUCUUUCAAAAGUUAAAAGAUCAUAAACAGGAUGCUACAGUUGCAUUAUCAAGAGAAUAUAAGUCAGUGUUGUUUAGAAAAGGGGAAAUUGGAGACUGGAAGAACUGGUUUUCGGUCUCGCAAAAUGAACAAUUUGAUGUAAUGUACAGAAAAGAAAUGGAGGGUGUUGAAGUAGACUUCACAUACGAAAUACAGUAGAUACUGUAUCGAUAUUACGUUAAAAUUUUGUAUUAAUCAAAUAUUAAAAAACGAAUUCGACGGAGCCAUA